GAAUGAACAUUAGAGAAAAUGACAAGAAGACUAAGGUUGUAGUUACUUAAAUGGUAAUAUUUAAAGGUCAGGGGCCUCAUUUAUAGUCGUUAUAUACGCACAAAACGGGGCCUGAAAGAGGCGUAUGCCACUUACCACACAAAAGUUGCGAUCUAUACAAACAAACUUGACGGGAGAAUGUGCGCACCUGUACGGAAACUCUGACGCAUGCCACGGUGCCUCAUCAUCACAUCACUCCAGCUGCAGCCCAACCAUGAGCAGAGCAUUGUGUGCAUCUGUGCUGCAGCUGUCCCGGGACGGUUUCAGGCUGUGCACAUCGUCAGCCCUUCGCUGCAGCACCCAGGCUCUCAGUUUGACCGCGGUGACCACCUCCCCCUGCUCCACCCUCCCCAGGCGCUCCUACUGCACCAACAUCAAGGUGCGCUCAUUUUUUCAGUACAUGAAACGCCAGAUCAUAUCCCCUCCCAGUCCUCCCUACAGUCACGUCUGCCAGGUGGGGGACCCGGUGCUGCGUUCACAGGCGGCCGCCGUUGACCCCGCAGCCAUAACGGGCCCCGAGGUGCAGCGGAUCAUCAGAACCAUGGUGAAAGUGAUGCAGAAACUGGAGUGUGUGGGACUGAGCGCGCCUCAGAUAGGGGUGCCGCUUCGCAUCUUAGCGCUGGAGUAUCCCGAGAAGAUGGUGGAGGAGAGUUCACCUGCAUCGAGGGAGGCCCGGGGUCUCUCCGCCCAGCCCCUCAGGAUCUUUGUCAACCCCCAGCUGAGGGUGUUGGAUGGGAGGACGGUGGUCUUCCAGGAGGCCUGUGAGAGCAUCUCAGGCUUCUCUGCAACCGUUCCCAGAUAUGUGUCUGUAGAAGUGUCAGGUCUUAAUGAGAAGGGUGAAGCCGUCACGUGGCAGGCCAGCGGAUGGCCCGCUCGCAUCGUCCAGCACGAGAUGGACCACCUGGACGGAGUCCUCUACAUCGACCGCAUGGACAGCAAGACCUUCAUCAACAUCAACUGGGAGGAGUACAACGAGUAACAGGACGAAGAUGAGGAAUGUCUGGAACAUUUCUUCUUAGUACGAGACAACGAAUUUGCAGAGGCUAUCCACUGGAAAAAUGUGAGAAAGUUUGACUGUCUGAGGGCAUGCCUGGGACAUGAAAGGGCAUGACCCAGGACAGAUCAGGGUGAUACAACCCACUGUAGGAAGCAGAGGGAUUUUGAGAAAUGUUUCCUGUUGAGGACAUUCAAAAGGUUUUCAUGCAAAUGUGUGAUUGAGAAAUGGGGUCAUUGUCUUCCUCAAGAGGUUGUUUUUGCCCUUUUAUUUCCUCCUAAUGUUAAAAAAAACACUCUUUUAAGAAAUUCGAUUUAUGAUUACAAUCCUAAUAUAAGUUAUGUUACUAUUCAAUAAAAUGUGAAAAUAUGUGA